ACGAAACUUGGUCACACUAGUAAGCAAACAGAAAGCAAAGAAAAAACACACACGUCACAACAAAAAAGAAAUACACACGCGUUUGAUUUAGAAAACAGCCAACUAUGUCUAAACAAUUGGCUGAUGUGCAGCCGUCAAGGUUUCAUUUUUAUCAGAAAGUUGCGCUCGGCAUCCUCCUGACUGCCAUUGUGCUCUCCUUGCCAGAACUAUGCCAGAGUCAAGGCAAAGCCAGUUUUAAAUACUCCCGCGAAGCAAAUGAAAAUUUCGAUCCGAAAAAUGCGCCGCCGGUAGAACACGAUCAUCAUCAUCACGACCAUGAUCAUGUUCACCAUGGACAUGAUCACCAUCAUCACGACCAUGAUCAUGAUCACCAUGGACAUGAUCAUCAUCAUGAAAACGAUCACCAUGGACAUGAUCACCAUCAUGAGCAUCACGAGCAUGCGAAGCCGGCAACGUUGGAUAUGAAGAGCAUUUGGCUGCACUCAAUUGGCUCCACGCUGCUUAUCAGUGCCGCUCCCUUUGUGCUGCUUUACAUUAUUCCGUUGGACAACAGCGAAGCGAUGAAGCCCCGCCUUAAAGUCUUGCUGGCCUUUGCAUCCGGAGGUUUGCUUGGCGAUGCCUUCCUUCAUCUGAUACCCCACGCCACACAUCCUCAUACACAUGGCGAGCAUGGACAUGACCACGACCAUGACCACCACCAUCAUCAUCAUGAGGAGACAGGCGAGAGUCAUGGGCAUGUCCACGAUAUGAGCGUUGGCCUUUGGGUGCUCGGCGGAAUUAUUGCCUUCCUCUCCGUAGAAAAACUGGUGCGCAUACUUAAGGGAGGCAGCGGUGGUCAUGGUCACAGCCAUGGUGCACCCAAGCCAAAGCCAGCGCCCAAGGAGAAGGAACCCGGAUCUGGCGAUAAGAAAAAAGCCACAGCUAGCAAAGCUGGUAAACCAGCUGCGAAGAAAGCUGAACCCGAGGGUGAAGUGGAGAUCUCUGGCUAUCUGAAUCUGGCCGCUGACUUUGCGCACAACUUUACCGAUGGUUUGGCUAUUGGUGCCUCCUAUUUGGCAGGCAACAGCAUUGGUAUUGUGACCACCAUCACCAUUCUAUUGCACGAAGUGCCGCAUGAGAUCGGCGACUUUGCGAUACUCAUCAAAUCGGGUUGCUCGCGUCGCAAGGCAAUGUUGCUGCAGCUGGUGACAGCGUUGGGAGCUUUAGCUGGCACUGCUUUGGCACUUUUGGGUGCGGGCAGCAGCGAUGGCAGCUCAGCACCUUGGGUAUUGCCUUUCACCGCUGGUGGUUUCAUUUACAUUGCCACAGUCAGUGUGCUGCCCGAGUUAUUGGAGGAGUCGACAAAGCUGAAGCAAUCGAUUAAGGAAAUUCUGGCCCUGCUUACUGGCGUGGCUCUGAUGAUUGUUAUAGCCAAGUUUGAAUAGCUGCAAAAUCAUUAAAUAUAACUCAUUUUGCGUGUCUUCAAUAAAAAUUACUCAAAAUGUACUUUAAUC